CAUCUGUGGAGCGGAAGCAGUUUCACGUCAGCUGAUGGACUUGUUGUGGUUUUUCCUCCUAGCUAAGUAUAGACAGGUGCUGCACGUCUGUUUGAGUUUCUGUGCUAUCACAUUAUCUGUGGAAGCCUAAGGAAAUGAAGAAGUUUUUCGAUGACUUUAAGAAAGACAUUAAAUUUAAAUCUGCGGGACCUGGGAAGAAACUAACUGAGGAUGGAAGUAAAAAGCAUGAAGUGGUUCAGAGCAGCUCCAGCUCCAAGAACCACCAUCACGCUCCAAGUGAAGGAGCGCAGAGAGCUGGAGCUGCAGCCCUGGCCAGGAUUGAACAGCAUCCGAGGCCGAAGGUCCAGACCUCUCAGGACGCCAUCAGGAACCAGGUGAAAAGAGAGCUGGAGGCAGAGGCGGCUGCACUCGCUGAAAAAGACAAGGCAGCCACAGCAGAGGGAUCCAAAGUACCAGUGAGGGAUCCUGCUGGCCUCUCAGUGUCAGGUGUGUAUUUCACCUGUCCGCUGACUGGAGCCACUCUGACCAAAAGUGAGAGAGAAGCACACAUUAAAGAAGCCAUUUUAAUGCGCUUUGAGGAGGAUGAGAUUGAGGCCUCUGUUAUGAUGGUCCACACGUUUAACAAAGACAGAGAGAAAGUGAAGACUGCUGUGGACAUCAUAAGCAAGUAUGUUGAAAAUAUAUGUAAGAAUCCCACAGAGGAGAAAUACAGGAAGAUUAAACUCAGCAAUAAAGUGUUCCAGGAGAAAGUUUAUUGUGUGGAGGGCAGUAGAGAGUUCCUGCAGGCCCUUGGCUUCACAAGCCUUAUGCUUCCUGUAGAGGGUCAAGGUAAACUAAUCCUAAACAAAACAACAACACUUUCUCAUCAUCAGUUCAUAAUUGUGUAUCUUGGCCUUUCUUCAGAGGAGGAAGAGGAGUUCCUGGUGUUACUAGAGCAUAAUCCCGAUGCCCUAGAGUUGAUGAAGGAGAGAAGGGAUCGUCUCCAGAGAGGAGAGCCAGUCAGAGCUCAGCUGGACCGACAGCCGCAAGCUUUCAAACCCUCUUCGAACGCCCAACGCUUCGAGCUGCCGCAAGAGUUCUACAACCUGUCAGCGGAGGAGCUCAAGAAGGAGCAACUGCAGAAGAGUGAUUUAGUGGAGAAGAACGCCAUGCUGCGCACAAAGGCCAUGAGAGAGAAAGAGGAGCAGAGGGAGAGAAGGAAAUACAAUUACACCUUACUAAGGAUCAGACUACCUGAUGGAAACCUACUUCAAGGAACCUUUUACGCCUGGGACCGGUUACCCGUGCUGUUUGGGUUUGUGCGGGAAUCCUUGGUGGACGGCUGGCAGCCCUUUGAGCUCAUCGCUCCUGGAAGUCAGAAACUACAGGAGUCUGAAGAUGUGGCUCUUGCAGAGUGUAACUUGGUCCCUGCAGCUCUGCUCACAUUUGCUUGGGAUGCAGCCGUGCAGGCGGACAUUGCUGCCGCUGGCGGUGGAAAGAGCCCAACUCUCCUCAAACCAGAGCUGCUGGAAAAGAUACGAACCCUGAGCUGAGCUGCUGGCACACUGCCUCUGAACAUCUCCCUACCGCCUUCCCCCCCGGCACUCCUGGGAUGGAACUGCCCCCUUACAGAUGACCAGUGUUUAUUUUUAUGAAUUCUAACUUCAGUCAGUAGCAGUGCAACCUAAUGUGCUUCUUUUGCUGAGCGUACCCUUCUUUCUUCAUGACGGGAGUAACGUCACACUGCGGGACUGUCUCAGCAGCACAUUGUGAUGAAGGAAGCACUCCUAACAGAUAGAUGGAAGGCGAAAGCAGGGGACAGGUGUUGUGUUUCUGUUGCAUCCUGAGUGAAUGUACAUGCUGUGCUGUAAACGGACUGGGGCAGCAGUCUUCUGUGCUCUAACUGUCAACUAGUCAGGUAUACUUCAUGUGGCAUGUUGAGAGACCUUGUUCGAACUGUGUCAGCAUUACUUCCCCUUCUUUGAAGUCUGUUUAAUUAACAGUGUUCAUCUCUGUUGUACAGGCAUGUAGAAUAACACUAAGUGAAGUCAUGAAGUAAAUGUGGUCAGACGCAGCUGUUGGUUUGUUUGCAGUAUCUCAGUACCUGGCUCUUUAAAUGUUAAAAACUGCGGGAUGGCUUUACUUAAGUCUUGAAAUGCUUUUUGUGUUUUGCCCAAGUUAAAAGUGUUUUGUCUGUGAACUGAUGGCUGGUCUUAGUUUAGUGAUACAAGUCUGGCAGUACUGCACCCCCUGAUGUUACUGACAGCUACAGAAAUUGAAACCUCAGAAUCGGUUUUAUUUUUCUGUAUACGAGCACAAACCCAAGUUGUGAACCAAAACCAAUUGUUUUAGUCUCAAGUUACCUCACGGUUCAGGCACCGUUCUCCAAUGUCACCUGUGAUAUGGGCCAGCCAUGUGUUGGUGAUGUGAUGGAGAUUGUAA